UGCGCAGUUGGACUUGGCCGAUGUUGGGCAAAACGCUGCGUUUCGGAGAUUUAUCGAGAUGGAGUUGAAUCCAAACUGGAGAUGAACGGAACCACAAAAAAUUCAGUGAGUGAGCUUCAACCCUAAGCAUCGUCUUCAACCCGCAUGGUCUCUGUCAUUCCCAGCCCUUCCUCUGAAGCCUUCUACUUCGAUCCCGCUUCAAUGGCUCUGCCCGGACUCGGACCCUUCGCCACCACCGCCGCCGCUGCCGCUGCUGCAACCACCUCGUCUUUGGAGGAUCCGGCUAAGAAGAUCCGGAAGCCCUACACUAUUACCAAGUGCAGAGAGAAGUGGACCGAGCCCGAGCACGACAAGUUCCUCGAAGCUCUUCAGCUUUUUGACCGUGAUUGGAAAAAGAUUGAGGCAUUUGUUGGAUCAAAGACAGUUAUUCAGAUACGUAGUCAUGCACAGAAGUACUUUCUGAAGGUUCAGAAGAAUGGAAUAAAUGAACAUCUACCUCCCCCCCGGCCAAAAAGAAAAGCAGCACAUCCAUAUCCUCACAAAGCCUCCAAAAAUGCUCCAGUACUCUCACAAGGGACAGGGUCUUUCCAUUCUUCAGCUGCUCUACGUGAAACCGGAUAUGUUCUUAGGCCUGAUUCGUCAUCAAUUCUUAGGAACCCGAUCACUAGUGCUGCUGCAUCUUCCUGGACUAACAGCAAACCUGCACAAACAGUUGGUUUGUCACAUGUGGCAAAAGGUGAUAUGGGAUCUGCAGGGCCAACAGUGCCUAAUAAUUGUUGCAGUAGCACUGAGAGCACUCCAAGAGGAAGGACAACUGUUGAAGCAUCUGAGCAAGGGAAUCAUGUCCAUACAUUGAGAGUUCUGCCUGACUUUGUUCAGGUAUACAGAUUCAUUGGCAGUGUUUUUGACCCUAAUUCUACUGGCCAUUUACAGAAACUAAAAAAGAUGGAUCCAAUAGAUGUUGAAACAGUGUUGCUGUUGAUGAGAAACCUCUCCAUCAAUUUGACCAGCCCUGAUUUUGAGGAUCAUAGAAAAUUGCUUUCAACCUAUGAGAUCGACUCAGAGACAACUAACCAUGGUGUUGAGAGUAAUAAAAUCCUUCAGGAUGACCAAACCAAGGACAGAGCUCAACUUGGGACCAAAGACAAAGAUGAAUGAGAGCUUCAAUUGCAACCAAGCACCGGCAAAGCUUUUUACCUUCCCAUUCUGGUGCUAUUACUUCCUGUCAUAAUGCCAUCAGCUGCAGAGUUUCUCAGUGCAUUUUCACCAUGUUGGUGUCAUGUAUAUACUGAAAAAGGAAACAAAACAAUGUAGCGCGGGAAUGUAAAGCCGUUUCAAGUUUUUUAAUGAAAGCUUAUUCUGUAGAGUUGGCUGAAGCUAAUCCUGUAGAGUUGGGCUCCUGUAUAUUCAAGUUUUGGGUGAAGUGUUUUGGUUCUGGGUUUCUGUAAUAUAGUUUCCAUAUAUUGUGCUACUGUAGAAUCUUGUCUGAAAGCUGACACAUGUGUAUCUUAGGAUAUUAGCUGACCUUGAGUUUGGUUAGGACUUAGGAGGAAGAGGUAUACCGCAUCUCUCCAUGGAAAAUGUGUUUGUGCUUUGCCUUUUGAGUGUUGAGAACGUAUUAUAUUACAAUGUUGAGUCAAUUUAUCAGCUUGUGCAGAAUAAAAAAUUAUGAAAAUAUUGCUUCAA